AUGUUGGCCAUAGCGGAUUUCACUGCCAGGACGCAGUAUAUGAUAUCUGAUUUGGCCAAGGCGAAGGUUAUUCCUGAGAUCCAUCUGAUUUGGGAUGGGAUUAGGAAACGCCAAUACUGGGUCUUCUGGUAUCAAGCAGAUCAUCGGUAUGGUCUUCCAACAGUGGCAUUCUUUCUUGUUGCUAUUGCUCUCUUCACGCUGGGACAUUGGGUUAGUGUCUUUGCUCCACGGUUCUCAAAAAAGAAAUCAGGAUGGCCGCGCGUGAUGGCGAUAUUUCGCAUUCUAUCUUAUAAGCGAUGGUGGGUUAUGGCGCGCAGCACGCAUUCAAUUGGUGCCCUUUUGCUCGCGGCGGCAGGUGUGGUGUUUUUCCUAGACCCUGACGAGAGCAGUAUAUUGGCAGCCAAGGCGAACCCAAUAGCCUUAUUAACGGGAAUCUCACACGAGAAGUUGACCAGCUGGCACAAUUGGGUCGCUUGGGCGAUGUUUGUUUUGGCCCUGGUGCACACCUUUCCUUUCAUCGUCUACCACACUUGGAAGGGAGACUUGGUCGUGCAGUGGAACGACGGAGGUGUCUGGGUAACGGGGGUGGUUGCAUUGCUUGCACAAGCGUGGCUCACUUUUGCAUCUGUCCCAUGGCUUCGAAACCGGUACUAUGAGUUCUUCAAAUCAAUGCAUCACCUGGCCGCGUUGGUAUUCAUCAUUUUCCUUUUCUUCCACUGUGACUUUCGCCUAUCAUCAUGGGACUAUUUCAUUGCCACCACUGUUCUAUACAGCUUGUCCUGGUGCUACUCGCAAUGCAGAACAUAUUUCGAGUACGGUGUUAGCCACAAGGCACGACUUCAACGUGAGACAAAUGACAUGUUGAAAGUUACAAUUAACACGUCAACGGCACAUUGGACUGUAGGCCAACAUGUGUUUCUUCGUUUCCUAGCAGGCGGCGUGUUGCACAUGCUGGCCACUCAUCCGUUCACGAUUUGCUCUAUUCCCAAGUCUGAAAUAGUGGGGGCUACUAAUACCCUUGUGUUCUAUAUCCGACCGCGAGGCGGCCUAACAAAAUCGUUGAUGGCACAGGCGACGAACGCACGGUUGAGUGUUUCCGAUCAGUGUCUCGUUGUAGGUGGCGGCGCUGGUGCUGGAUUUACUCUUUCUUUCAUUGAGCACUAUAUCCGUUAUCAGGAGACGACAGGAGGUGCAAACAGGGGACUGAAAGUAAUCAUUGCCACCCGUGAACUUGACAUGCGGCUGUGGUAUAAUGAAGCCUUGCGGAAUAUUUCAACGCGGUAUUCAGGACUCAAAAAUGCCGUUGCAGGGCUAUCGAUCGAUAUUCAUGAGACUGGUCAGAAUAAUCGCCUGGGAGAUGUAGAAACUAGACAUUUAGAUGUGGAAAAAGCUUUUAAUUCGACAACAUCUCAGCUUCACAACGAGCAUGACGACGCCAAACAAGUCAAUAAACUCCGGGAAGACAGCAGCUCCAUAACGAAAAUGUUCAAUGUUACAUUUUUCAGAGGUCGGCCCAAUAUGCCCCUUUCUGUGCAGCAGUUCGUGGCCCGCGAGGAGUGUAUCACAACCGGCCUUAUUGUGUGUGGCCCGUCGUCGAUGGCUUACGAUGUCGGAGAGGCGGCGGUUUCUGCUCAGCAGCAAAUCAUCAAAGGUGAAAUCAGUGCUAAGGAGGUGUGGUUCCACGCAGAAGGUUUCUCAUAUUGA